UUCGGAUCAGUUUAUUAUCUUACUGUACUUCACUCUUUCCCAUUGUCUCACUUUUAUCUUUUUGAAAAUGAAUUCCAAUUCUUCUCAAUUCCAAUUUCUUCCCCGCGAGAUUGUCAAUUCGAUUACCGAGUAUGUUUUCAACCUUUCUGAUGACAACUUGGGUGCCCUGGGCAAGAGUCGUGAGGAUGAAUUAGCUGCUGCUCUUCUGCAGUGCUGCCAACUUUGGCGUACUGUCAUUCUGGAGCGUCUUUGCCGCGAAUUCACCAUGGAGUACUUUCCUGACGGCACACGAGGAGAUACAUUUCUCAAGCUUUGGACUUUGUCAAUUUGCACCCCGAGGUUUCCAAUUACCCAUUAUGCGAAAAAGGUCGUCAUAGUUGUGUGCAAUUGGCCACACUUGGAUCGCUAUCGAGCACCUCAUAAGGUUGACGAAUCAAGCCAGCCCGGCCUUGUUUUUCCGAAUGCGUUCACGUUGAAGAUCAUAUUUCCUGACAACAGACUAUGCUGUUACCAUGGCGCCAAUCUUACUGAACGAGGCGCGAGCGAGUUUGCUAAAGAGCUUAGGCGGAUGGUUCCAGCGGUGCGUAAUGUCACAAUCAGCAGCCUCUACCCACAUCGGGUGGACAAUCGCGACUCGUCCAACGAUCAUCUCCUGGGCAGGUUCUGCAUUGACGUAUGUAAGAAUGUAAGCCAAGUGUCCGUUGAAGCUCCAAGACAUGUGGAUGAGUACUGCUUAAGAGCGGAGUGGAUCGAUGGGCUGACCUGCAUUGAGCACAUGUAUUCACAACGCGACCACCGCCCAGUCUUUGAGCUCAUUCGGCGCAGUGCAGACACGUUGCAGUCGUUAGACCUGUGUUUGCAGGGCGAUCAGAGACUCAGCGAUAUUUGUCACGAUAAUUCUGGCCGUGCCAUUGUAUAUCCGGUCCUUGAUGAAUUUGUAAUCAGGGAUUACAGGGAUUCUCACAGCUCUAUAUUUUCAGAUUAUGAUCAACCGGUUCCAUUUCCAUCGUUGCGGAUUCUGCGCACGACGUUUGUUCAACGCUGCGACAACUAUAUGUUUAGAGGCAACAACAGCUCGCUCGAGUAUUUGUCCAUAAAGCUUUGUGCAGAUAUAAUGGCAGGGUUUGAACAAUGCGGCACCUUUACCAAAAAUAAGUUUCCGCGGCUCUGCAACCUUGAGUUGCAAAACUCAACCAAGUAUCGGGCCACUCCAAUAUCAGCAUCCGAUGCAUCUCUGUUUGCGAUCAAGGUUCUCCAUGCGGCACAGUUUGUGCGCACGCUUGUAUUGUUUGGUGACUUUGACAAACACGUGUUUUGUACCGGUUUCCAGUCAGCCGAGUGGGCCAGCCAAAUCCGAUCGCUUACUCUUACGGAUAAAAUGACGUUUACAGACUUAGUGCACUUUCUCAGAAACCUUCCGGCGCUGCACACCCUUUAUUGUAAUAUUGAAAUACCUACCUUGUAUGGCGACGAUUAUGAGGACUACAAUAAUUACUUUGACAAGCCAGUUGAUGUCAUUUAUAAGUACAUUUAUCCAUUAGGAAGGAGUUUCACCAGAUGGUAUAUUACCAACAAGGACGACGACUAUAAUCUUUAUAUGAAAUGGACAGUUGCACUGGUGGCAAUACUGUGCCCCAACUUCACCCACGCAUUUGUUUAUGAAGAUGUUCUUGACUAUCUUAUGGUUGAUGCAAAAUGGCCAAUUGUAUGUGAGCAAUUCGAACAAUACCGUGAGCGACUCGAGCAGAUUGUUGUUCUUGAAAACGAUUGUGUUGUAUAUUUCUAAUAAAACAUUUCCAUAUUUCCAUAUUUAA